GGUUCCAGAAUGGUCCAUCAUCUCCAUUCAUCAUUCUGUUGUAAAGCUCUUGCUUGUAGGGCUGAAACCAGUAAAAGAGAAGAAAGAUUAAACGAAAUAAACAUGUCAAUCUCUUCUAUAUUUGGCUCUCCAAUCCUUCUAUUGCCCAAAUCAACAACACAUAAGCCGCCUAAUUCUCAUAUUCCGCCGCCCCAAAUUGGCUGUGGUUAUGGCGGCAGUGGAUUGCGUAUAGAGUGCUCUUCAAGGCCGCAGAAGAAGGCAACAGCUCAUCACAUGAAGACAAGGCCAAGAAAGACUCAACCAUGGGAUGUAAAGCGCAAACCCACUGUUUAUCCUCCUCUCCCUCCUCUUCCUCCUGAUUGGACUCUCCUUUCCUCUGAUGACGCUGUUGGUGAUGAUGGUAGUUCUGCUACUGAGGCUACUUCGCCAUCUGCUUCUUCUUUACAGGCACCAAUUUCAAGUGGGUAGUUGGCAAUUCGUUGUUUUAUCAUGUUUUUCCCUUCUUUUUGAGAUUUUUAGUUGGGUAUUUUCAAUUUGCAUGCUUCUAGUACUGUAUUUUUUUCGUUAAACCUAAUGAAUUUAUGUAUUGAGGUCGAGCAUUGGUCAAUGAAUAUUAUCCGUUUGAUGAUAGAA